AUGUGCCUUGGUGGAGCCAAACCUGCAAUCACCCCUGUGGAAACCAAUCUGAGGUUGACCACAGUGGAGUAUGACAAGGCCACUGGCAUUAUGAGAGAUGUAGCAUUACAAGAUCCUACUCUGGACCAGAAGCUGGUUGGCAAGCUUAUAUAUGUUACAUUUACAAGGCCAUAUAUCAGUUAUGUUAUCCAAACCUUGAGUCAAUUCAUGCAACAUCCUAAGAGGUCACACUGGGAAGCUGCACUUCGAGUUGUGAGAUAUCUAAAGAAUGCUCCAGGUCAAGGUGUGUGGGUGAAAGUUGGGGCUGUGACUGAGUUGAGUUGCUGGUGUGAUUCAUACUGGGCUGCAUACCCAAAUACAUGCAGAUCAGUCACAGGUUAUGCAAUCAAAUUUGGAGAAUCCUUGAUACCAUGGAAGUCUAAGAAGUAA